AUGACAGGGGAGCGACCAGUGUAUGAUGAGCCGCGCGCGGGCUCACCCCUCCACGAGCUCGGUACUAGCGAGCCGGGCGAGGGGGAAGGAGAGGUCAGCGGGGACUGGUCGACCCCGACACACGCCGCCCCUACACCGGAGCCACUCCCAGCAGACCGGCAGUGUGGCGGCGACCGGCACCCGGGACAGACCCUCGCCGAGCACGGGGAUGUGACCACACACACACACACAGACAUGCACCCCACGGACAGACACGGAGCGCUGGAGCUGAACCUCAACAACGACCUGAUGAAGACCAUCCAGGAGCUGUGCUGCCACGGAGGAGGGUUCACGGUGGACCGCCUGCUGCACGGACGGACGGCCGCCUCGGACAGCGAGGACGAGGAGCAGCACACGGCCGCACAGCUGCAGCAGAACAAGCCGCUGCUCAAGUUCAGUGUGAGCGCCAUACUGGGGGAGGACGUGGACCACGGCGGGCCGGGCGGUGAGUACAGACUGGAGGUGACCAGUAUAACAUGA